AAGCGAUAGUGACACAUCGUUGAGUCAGCCGGCACGUGUGUCAGUAGGCGCGCGUGUGCGGCUGCGCGCGCGCACACGUGUGUUCCGUUAUUUUCCGGGUUGCGCUCAGUGAGAGUCGGCUGUGGAGCAGCUCCCCCGCUGACACUACCACCGAGGAGGAGGAGGAGGAGGAGGAGGUGAGGUCAAACCUGACUGUCUCUGCCCCCCUCCAGCACAGUCGGUCGCGGAGGCUGCUAACUAGCGCAGCAUCCCUUCACUGGCAUCAUGGCGGACCAAGGCGAAUCCCCGGCUCCCGUCCACCACCCGCAACCGACGGUGACAACCAGCUGGCCAAUUACCAGAGAGGCGUACGAGCUGCAGGAAGUCAUAGGCAGCGGAGCCACAGCUGUGGUGCAGGCAGCCCUCUGCACCCCCAGACAGGAGCGCGUGGCCAUAAAGAGGAUCAACCUUGAAAAAUGCCAGACCAGCAUGGAUGAACUAUUGAAAGAAAUUCAAGCAAUGAGUCAGUGCAACCACCCAAACAUUGUUACUUACUACACCUCCUUUGUGGUGAAGGAUGAACUCUGGCUGGUCAUGAAGCUCCUGAGUGGAGGAUCCAUGCUGGAUAUAAUUAAGCACAGGAGCAAAGAAGAUGAUAAAAAUCGAGCUUUAGAGGAGCCCAUCAUUGCCACGAUUUUAAAAGAGGUUUUAGAAGCCUUGGAUUACCUGCACAGAAAUGGACAGAUUCACAGGGAUGUGAAAGCUGGGAACAUAUUACUGGGAGAGGACGGAUCUGUCCAGAUUGCAGAUUUUGGAGUAAGUGCAUUCUUAGCAGCAGGGGGCGAUAUGACUCGAAACAAAGUCAGAAAAACAUUUGUCGGUACCCCAUGUUGGAUGGCUCCAGAGGUGAUGGAACAGGUGCGAGGCUACGAUUUCAAAGCAGACAUAUGGAGUUUUGGAAUUACAGCUAUAGAGUUAGCAACAGGCUCCGCCCCCUAUCACCGCUACCCCCCCAUGAAGGUUUUAAUGCUCACCCUGCAGAACGACCCUCCCUCUCUGGAGACGGGCGUCGAGGACAAGGAAAUGCUCAAGAAAUACGGCAAAUCGUUUAGAAAGCUUAUUUCAAUGUGCCUUCAGAAGGAGCCUGCAAAAAGGCCGACAGCUGCCGAGCUUUUGAAGUGUAAAUUCUUCCAAAAGGCCAAGAACAAAGAAUAUCUGGUGGAAAAGCUUUUGAGCGGUGCACCAAAGAUUUCUCAGAGAGCAAGGAAGGUGAGGAGAGUCCCGGGCUCCAGUGGACACCUCCACAAGACGGAGGAUGGAGACUGGGAGUGGAGCGAUGAUGAACUGGAUGAGGGCAGCGAGGAGGGCAAGGCAGCCGUCAAUCAAGGGAGGUCACGAAGGGUCAAAUACGAGGCCAAGGAUAAUGAGGAGGAUGCCAACAGUGUCCCUAUAGAAGGCUUGUCUGUUCAGCAUCCCCAGGUUGAACCAUUUGAGAAUGCGGCGUUCCUUAAAGGUGCGGUGAACAUGGUGCUACGGCUAAGGAACUCCAAAAAGGAGCUGAAUGACAUCCGGUUUGAGUUCACUCCAGGGCGAGACACCGCUGACGGCGUCUCCCAAGAACUCUUCUCAGCUGGUCUAGUCAAUGGACUCGAUGUUGUAAUUGUUGCUGCUAACCUUCAAAAGAUUGUAGAUAACCCGACGACCUACAGAGUAUUGACCUUUAAGCUGGCCUCCAGCUGUGAUGAUACUGAGAUUCCCGACGAGGUGAAGUUGAUCGGCUUUGCACAGUUAAGCGUUAGCUGAUGCUCUCUUCAGGCCUGCAGCAGGUGAGACAGGGGAUUCUGGUUUAGGGCAGACAGACUGAGGGACAACCCCCACCAUCACCAACACUUCCUGCAAAGUCCCCGCCCCCAACACCUUCCCUAAAAACUCACUGCCCCCCCUCCCUCCUCCCAACUCAUUUUUACCUCCCAUGAGGCCAAAAACCGCCCAGCCUGCAAAACCCCUUAGCAUCUGCUUACCUGCUCAUCACGCCCCGACCCGAAACGUUGACAUUCCAGCGCACAGACCCGGAUCAGGAUGCAGCCCAGAAACCAAAAGAUGUACUCAGGUGGUGAACGAAGGAUUGAAUGUUUUUCCUAGUUUUAUUUAUUUUUGCUUUUUCUUUUUUUUUUUUUUUACACCACACUCUCAUCUCCCUCCUCCCUUCGCCGUUUCGUUGUUCCUUUGUACUUAUUUCUCACAAACCCAUUCAUUGAUGACGUUUCCCUGUAUCAGAAUGUAAGAUUUCCAUUGAGAGAAGCACAUUUUUGUAACAUAAUGAAUGUCUAAAGACAGAUGUUUUUCGUGUGUCAAGACCUGUUCUACUUUGGUGUGCAGGAAUAAAUGAGACCUUAAUGCUACUGUGUAUAAUUUGCUGUCCUCAACUGUGUUAUUGCUUCAAAAAUGCUAGAGGUGCCUUUUUUUAAUUUUAAUCUGUGCCUAAGAAAGGGAUUUUGACCACAAAAAGAGCAGAACUUUUUUUUUUUACCUAAAAUGUUCUCCUCCAGCAAUUAGACAAUUAUCAGACCGGCCAAAUAAAACCGCCUCAAGUCUACACAUUUACACUGGAUGAUGUCCUAAAAGAAAAAAAAAACAGUUAUUGUUAAAUUAAGUAGCAACCAAAUUCUUUAUGGCAAAACAGCUGAAGAUAGAACCAAACCUGCAACAACUGAGAGCGUCACGAGCCAUUCCUUCAUCCAAAGUCUUGUAGCUCAGAUUAUUUUUUAGGUAUAAUCGAGUAAUAUAAUCUCUAAAGUCUUUAUUUUGUGAAGUAAUUUAUUGUAUUUUCUAUGUACAGUAUGUGUAUAUUUCCCCCCGUAUUAUCCCCUCCCCUCUGUAAUCAGCUAAUGUCAGAUGUCUGAUGAAUAGCAACAAAUAAAUCUUAUUUAAUAAAAUGUGUGAGACACUU